CUUAUUCCACGUCAAACGUAUGCUAGCUGAAAAUAUAAUUUAAUUUUAAAACAAAAGUAAAAGAGCUAUUUACAGUCAAAAUGGUAAGUUUGCUACAAGAAAUUGAUACAGAGCAUGAGGAUAUGGUGCACCAUGCUGCACUGGACUUUUAUGGGCUGUUAUUGGCCACUUGCUCCUCUGAUGGGAGCGUCCGUAUUUUUCACUCGCGUAAAAACAAUAAUAAGGCGCUCGCGGAGCUAAAAGGGCACCAGGGGCCGGUAUGGCAAGUAGCAUGGGCACAUCCGAAGUUUGGGAACAUAUUGGCUUCGUGCUCGUAUGAUCGCAAAGUAAUUAUUUGGAAAUCAACUUCACCCAGAGAUUGGACUAAAUUAUAUGAAUACAGUAAUCAUGAUUCCUCAGUAAACUCAGUGGGGUUUGCUCCCGCAGAUUAUGGACUUGUGCUCGCAUGCGCCAGUUCAGAUGGUUCCGUUUCGGUGCUAACUUGCAACACUGAGUAUGGGGUUUGGGAUGCUAAGAAAAUACCAAAUGCACAUACCAUUGGUGUGAAUGCAAUUUCUUGGUGUCCGGCACAGGCUCCGGAUGCAGCUUUUGAUCAGCGUACCAGUAUACGAAAUGUGGCUGUGAAACGCUUGGUAAGCGGAGGUUGCGAUAAUCUUGUUAAGAUUUGGCGUGAAGAUAAUGAUCGCUGGGUUGAGGAACAACGACUCGAAGCACAUUCCGAUUGGGUGCGGGAUGUAGCUUGGGCACCAUCAAUUGGUCUGCCACGUUUGCAGAUUGCUACAGCGUCACAGGAUCGUCAUGUAAUCAUUUGGAGCAGCAAUUCUGACUUGUCGCAAUGGAAACCGAUUAUAUUGCACACGUUCGAUGAUGCUGUGUGGAGUAUUUCCUGGUCAACUACAGGAAAUAUAUUGGCUGUUACUGGGGGAGAUAACAAUGUAACCCUAUGGAAAGAGAACAGCGAGAGUCAAUGGAUCCGCAUAAAUUACGAGUCAGGUACUGCUCUUCAAGUUAAACAGCUUCAUCAUUUACAUCCACAACACCAGCAACAACAACCGCCACACCCGACUCAGUCAUCGGACUCUGAGCAAAGCUCGAACCUAUCGAAUUCGAACUUAUCAAACUCUCAACUUUCAAACUAAAUUAAUUGAUAUAAAAAUGUAUGUAAAA